AUGUUUGCGGUGGAGAAUGGUUUGCAGGGAGACCCAAGAUUACAGGCCAUCUCCGACGCCAUUCGUGUCAUCCCUCACUUCCCCAAGACUGGAAUCAUGUUUCAGGACAUAACAACGUUGUUGCUGGAUCCAGUUGCCUUCAAACAUGUCGUUGAUAUCUUCGUCGAUCGUUACAAGCACAUGAACAUCUCUCUCGUUGCCGGAGUAGAGGCGAGAGGAUUCAUAUUUGGAUCUCCCAUCGCACUAGCCAUAGGUGCCAAGUUCGUUCCCCUACGUAAACCGGGAAAAUUACCUGGGAGAGUGAUAAGUGAAGAGUACGAGCUUGAGUAUGGAAGUGAUCGUCUAGAGAUGAGUGUGGAGGCUGUCAAAUCCCACGAACGAGCUAUCGUCAUUGACGAUUUAGUUGCCACUGGUGGAACACUCUCCGCUUCCAUUCUCCUAUUGGAGCGCGGUGGGGCCGAAGUUGUGGAAUGUGCCUGCGUCGUUGGUUUGCCUAUCUUCAAGGGUCAGUGUAGGCUGAAGGGAAAGCCAUUGUACGUUCUGGUGGAGCCUAACCAGUUGGAUGAAUUAACCUUUUAA